AUGCAAUGGGAUGAGAAUGACGAAAGCUACCUUGCUUCAACACAUGUAUACCAACAACAUACCAACCUCGCAGCCCACCCAUUACCCCGACCUCAAUGUCGCGACCAACGCCAACGAGGUCCGUCUAUCACAUCGCCCUCAAGUCCGCCCGCGACUGCUCGGAGUGCUCAAGAAAUGAAUAGCAUUCUGCAGACGACGCUCACGCGCAAGGACCGACAAUGCAACAUAGAGGUUCAGGAUCGCGCCAAGCAAGGCCAAGAUGGUCGUGAGGAGGUUGGCCUUGUAGAAGGCGAUUUCGUCUUCGCGGGAGAAGCAGUAUCGGGGGUGGCCGGUUGCGGUGCUUGA